AGGUAGCGGGCCGCGGAGCCGCCUCCGGAUUGGCGGGCUGCGAGGGGGCGUGCCCGCCCUGCCCCCCGCCUCAGCCGGGCAGGCCCGCGACGCCAUCUUGGCUGGAAAGUUUGGAGUUUCCGAGGGAGGGACGGAGAGAGCGGAAGCCCCCACGGACGCCGCCGCGGGAAGCGAAGGGAGGGCGGCCGGGACCGCGGCGGGAGCCUCCGCGUGACUGAGCCGCUCGCGGGCCCAGCGCAGGAGCAGAGCCGGUGCCCGGGCGGAGGCGGUGCCGCUGCGCUCCUUCUGGGCCAGCCUGAGUGGGGGGAAGCGGAGCUCGGCGGCGGCGGAGCCCCUCCCCUCCCCUCCCCUCCCGCGGCCCCGCCAUGCCUGUCAAGAAACAAGACACCCAGCGAGCCUUGCGCCUUCUGGAGGACUACCGCGCCAAGCUGAGCCAGGUGGAGGACAAGCAGCUGAGAAACUCUGUGGAACGGGUCAUCGGCAUCUUCCAGAGCAACCUCUUCCAGGCAUUAAUAGAUAUUCAAGAAUUUUAUGAAGUGACUUUACUCGACAAUCCCAAAAGUAUUGAUCACUCGAAGCAAAUUGAAUUUGUACAGCCCGUGAAUACAUGGGACUUUUCCAGCCUUCCAAGCACAACGGUGACUUCUGAAACACUGCCAAGCAGCCUUAGUCCAGCCACAGAGAAAUGCCGCUUUCAAGAAGACGCUGAUGCUGACGACCCUCCUUCACUAGAGCAUGGCUCUCCCCGGGAAGCUCCCGGCGAGUCAGCUGCCCCAGAGCUUGUGCAUGUGUCUCAGAAGAGCCUCUCUCAAAUUGAGAGCGUGCGUGGAUUUGUUUCCCACUCUCACAUUUCUCCAGUCAAGAUACCAGAAGCUGUUCCUCUCUCUCUUCCCACUGUCUCUGUCCUGCCAGUCCCUGCUGAGACCACGCUCAUCCCAUCUUCCAUAUCACAGGCAAACCCCCCUCCAGUGGUGGUGAACACAGAAACUUCAGAGACACCAACCUAUGUCAAUGGCACAGAUGCAGACUAUGAAUAUGAAGAAAUUACGCUGGAAAGGGGCAAUUCGGGGCUUGGCUUUAGCAUUGCGGGAGGUACAGACAACCCACAUAUUGGGGAUGACACAAGUAUAUUCAUUACAAAGAUCAUCCCAGGAGGAGCUGCUGCGCAAGAUGGAAGGUUGCGGGUGAACGACUGCAUUUUACGAGUCAAUGAGGUGGAUGUCCGUGAUGUAACGCACAGUAAAGCUGUGGAGGCCUUGAAGGAGGCCGGCUCCUUGGUCCGGCUGUAUGUCAAGAGAAGAAAGCAAGUAACAGAGAAAAUUGUGGAGAUUAAGCUCGUGAAAGGCCCCAAAGCAGGUCUUGGGUUUAGCAUCGCUGGGGGUGUUGGAAACCAGCACAUUCCUGGAGACAACAGCAUCUACGUCACCAAAAUUAUUGAAGGAGGUGCAGCGCACAAGGAUGGCAAACUGCAGAUUGGAGACAAGCUUCUGGCUGUGAACAGCGUUUGCCUAGAAGAAGUUACACACGAAGAAGCAGUGACUGCCUUGAAAAACACCUCUGAUUUUGUUUAUCUGAAAGUCGCAAAACCCACCAGCAUGUUCAUGAAUGAUAGCUACACUCCUCCAGACAUCACCAACUCUUUUUCUCAGUCUGCCGACAACCACAUCAGCCCAUCCACUUACUUGGGACAGACCCUGCCACCAGCAUCACCAGGGAGAUAUUCCCCCAUUCCCAAAGGGAUGCUUGGCGAUGACAAGAUCACGAGGGAGCCACGGAAGUUGGUGCUCCAUCGAGGAUCCACAGGGCUUGGUUUCAACAUAGUGGGAGGAGAGGACGGGGAAGGCAUUUUUGUCUCAUUCAUCCUUGCAGGAGGGCCUGCCGACCUCAGUGGAGAGCUCAGAAGAGGAGACCGCAUCAUUUCAGUAAAUGGUGUGGACCUCAAAGCUGCAACUCAUGAAGAAGCAGCUGCUGCCUUGAAAAAUGCUGGCCAAGCUGUCACUAUUGUGGCUCAGUACCGUCCAGAAGAAUACAGCCGAUUUGAAGCUAAAAUACAUGACUUGCGAGAGCAAAUGAUGAACAGCAGCAUCAGCUCAGGAUCUGGGUCACUGCGGACGAGCCAGAAACGGUCUCUCUAUGUCAGAGCACUCUUUGAUUAUGACAAGACUAAGGACAGUGGCCUCCCUAGUCAGGGACUGAAUUUCCGGUUUGGUGACAUUCUCCAUGUCAUCAAUGCUUCUGAUGAUGAGUGGUGGCAGGCACGGCCCGUGAUGCCAGAUGGCGAGAGUGAUGAGCUUGGCGUCAUUCCCAGCAAGCGCAGGGUUGAGAAGAAAGAACGUGCCCGUUUAAAGACAGUGAAAUUUAAUGCUAAAGCAAGAGGCGACAAAGGGCAGUCAUUCAAUGACAAGCGUAAAAAGAACCUCUUUUCCCGAAAAUUUCCCUUCUACAAGAACAAGGACCAGAGUGAGCAAGAAACAAGUGAUGUUGAACAGCAUGUGACCUCCAAUGCCAGUGAUAGUGAAAGCAGCUACCGUGGCCAAGAAGAAUAUGUCUUGUCUUACGAGCCAGUCGCUCAGCAGGAAGUAAAUUACACGCGACCUGUGAUUGUUCUGGGACCUAUGAAAGACCGGAUCAAUGAUGACCUCAUCUCUGAAUUUCCUGACAAGUUUGGAUCCUGUGUUCCACAUACUACCCGACCAAAACGAGACUAUGAGGUGGACGGUCGAGAUUACCACUUUGUUACAUCCCGAGAACAAAUGGAAAAAGAUAUUCAGGAUCACAGGUUCAUUGAAGCUGGACAGUACAACAACCAUCUGUAUGGAACAAGUGUUCAGUCUGUGCAAGAGGUGGCUGAGAAGGGCAAACAUUGCAUUCUUGAUGUCUCUGGGAACGCAAUCAAGAGACUCCAAAUAGCCCAGUUGCACCCAAUCUCCAUUUUCAUCAAACCCAAAUCGGUGGAAAACAUAAUGGAAAUGAAUAAGCGAUUAACAGAUGAGCAAGCUCAGAAGACAUUUGAGAGAGCCAUGAAACUGGAGCAAGAGUUUACGGAACAUUUUACAGCUAUUGUGCAAGGAGACACAUUGGAAGAAAUUUACAAUCAAGUCAAGCAAGUCAUUGAGGAGCACUCCAGCCCUCACAUCUGGGUACCAGCGAAGGAGAAACUCUGAAGGCGACCAGCAGACCCCUGGCCCACACUGCCAUGACGGCCGCCUGCGCUUCCCACCUCCUGGCAGCUUCUCCUGCAUAGACCUCCCUGGAGCUGCCGUGCCCCCCCUGGGGCUCCUGUGGCAUUCUACACUCAGUGACCCUUGUUUUGUUUAGAUCGUUUUGAUUCUCACAAGCUGCUGGCGGACUGCCAUUUUCUUAAGGAUCAAAGUGCAGUGGCUUGUUCCACUAUCGUGGAUAGGAAGUGGAGAAUUAUAUGGUAAAACUCCUUAAUGUUUAAGGGAAAGUAUCCUUCAGAGAUUUUGAGAAAACAAAGCUUUAUAUACACCCUUUUAAAUAUUUCCUAACAAAAGAAAAGUGGUCUUAAUGAUGUAAAUUGUGAGCAAUUUUGCACGCUUAACUUUACUAGCAUGGUUUGAUCUGCGGGAGGUGGGGGUUGGCGCCAGGAUUUAUUUUUGUAGUUUUUCUGUUGUUCACAGCAAAUUCAUUUUAAUAAUGAAACUUUUAUCCAAAUGUCCAAGAUAAUGUACACUUAAUUGCCAUUAUUUCACAAGGGAAAACCCAUUUUCAUAAGAAUAUUCUUUAUAGUCUAUUCUUUUCCAUUUUUUAAUAUAUAUUUUUUGCUGAUGCCGUUGUUAGGGAUGAGAAUAUCUCAUAUUUUUAAACUAGCACAUACAAGACUAUUUGGAGUGUCUUACAGAUACUGUUGGUUGAUAAGAGUCAUUACAUUUUUGAAUUGGAGUACAAUUUAGGUGCUUAAAAAGCUUGUACUUCAUGUAGAAAUGAUUUAUUUUGUUCUGAAAAUAUUCUGAAAGAUUAUCAUAAAAGUCUGAUUCAGAGUCUGAAAUAUAAAUACAUUCUUAGAGGCCAGAUUUUAAUGAAUAUUUUACCUGCAAUAACUGCCUAUUUUGU